GGGACACAUCGGGCACAUAGAGACAGGACCAAAUAAGCAGGUCUUCAAUAACGCCAUUUCCUUCCCGUCUUUUCUUUAUAACAUUGAUGAGGGAAAACAAAAAUCGGUUCCGGCUGGGGCCACUGUCUGUGUGAAGUUUGCACAUUCUCCCCAUGUCUGCAUGGGUCUUCUCCCCGGUACUCGGGUUUCCUCUCACAUCCCAAAGAUGUACACAUUAGACUGAAGCCAAGGAAAGCAAAAGAAGAGCGAAGCUGCUGAGGGGGACAUCCACUCACACCGCACAAGGACGCCUGUCCACCUCCUAUACCCAGCAGAGUCUCUGCCUCACACAGCCUCCGGCACACGCCCAGAGACUCACUCACACGCACCCCCUUGCUGUUGGUCUGCCUCCAGUUCAUCCGCCAUGGCAUCCCAGGUAGCCACAGUCCUGGCUCUCAGCCUGCUGAUUCUCUGGACCUCCUCUGCUCUGAGUGGUGACAAUGACGCAGAAGACUGCUGCCUGUCUGUGACCACACGCCCGAUCCCUCUGAUUAUUGUGCGAUCCUUUCGCUACCUCCUCCGCGAGCAUGGCUGCCGAGUGCCUGCUGUUGUGUUCACCACACUGAGGGGUUACCAGCUCUGCGCACCCCCAAAUCAGCCUUGGGUGAACCGCAUAAUCUGGAGACUCCUGAAGAACUCUGCCAAGAACAAGCGCCACAGCAGUUAGCCCGUGACAGCCCCAGAGGAAUCCGUGUCUGACUGAAGGGAUGUGAAUCACAGAGGCCCUGGUGAACCAAGGAUCAGAAGGGAGGACUAGGCUCCAGCUCCUCUGCACCAGACCUGUCCCAGCCCGGCAGGGCCUGGAGUGUGAGUGUGAGUGUGAGUGUGAGCAAGAGGGUGAGUGUGGCAGGAGCACAGCUUCUCCUCCACACCCAGACUGCAAUACUUCCAAUAAAGGCCACUGAUACUCA